ACUAUUCUAAUUGCCUGAACUCACAACAGGAACCUGCUGGUCCCUCUUUCAAGAUUGCAAAACAGCGAUAAAAUCUGGAAGGUUAAAAUAAAGUAACAAAGUACGACAUUAUUUUAUUAAACAAUUUGAAUAUGAAUCUUUAUCUCAAUCAUGUUUCAGCCACAUUUAUCGCAAGUCGAGAAGGAUGGUCGCCCAUCGAGUUCUCCGACGUGACGUUAGACUGUCGGGUGGUCAUUUCAGGUGGAUUUAGCUCCCAGUUUUCAUGUCAAUCAAUCAGCUUCACACAAAACGAGACGAUAAUUGAUGGAAGCCAAAGAUAUGUCCGAUCUGGUCCGACAUUCGAUGGUAACAAGGUCAUUUGCACAAUGACAAUACUUAGGGUGGAAUCAGAAGAAUCAGGAUUGUAUGGAUGUUGUUUAACAGACAAGACAUCGGGAUUGUGCUACAAACAUCCAACCAAAAUACUAAACGUCAUACCCAUUUCCACAACAAGUCCUUCUACAGUUCAAACCACGUCGGAAGUAACAGCAUCCGUCUCAUCUGAUGUUUCUACCACUAUGCCGACAACAGCACUCAUCGAAAGCAUUGCCAGCUCAGUGGAUGUGGUAUACAACAAAGUUACAACCAUAUCAACAAGUAAUUCAUCUUUAUCUAAAUCUGAUAAUACUGCUCAGGUCCAGAACACACCCAGUUUGUUCCAUAAAACCAUCUGGCCAGCGUUUCUAGUCGCAUCAUUGAGUAUUGUGAUUUUGGUGAUUCUUGGAGUGCGUCACUUUAGGAAGAAACCGACCGAAGAAUCUUUACCAGAAAAUGUAUCAGACGCAACGCAGUACAGUUCAAUUACCACUGGUAAAGAUGUCGAAAAUGGAUGAUUUUAACAUCACUCUCUAAACUAUCAACCUGGGAUAUGAGAUCAGCAACUAAAUACGUCUUUCACAAAUCUUUCAUCAUCAGAUUGUGGAUACAAAUUAGUUUUGAAUAGCAACUUUUUAAAAGCCCUAGCUUUUGCGACUAGUGAUGUUUUCGUCGACAAAAUGAAGAAAUAUUCAAGUUUUGUCAUUUCUGUAUGAUGGAAAUAUAAUCUAUGCAGGGAAUGCUAUGCUACCAUCACGACUUUGUAUUGAUAUUAUUUUUAAUUGGUCUAUAAUAAGCUUCGCACGUGAUUCAAUAUUAGAAAUAACACCUGAAUAUUUCGCUCUCUCAUCUUUUGCAGAUAGGCUAGGGAAUAGAUGUGGUACAAGUGUGUGUUAUUUAUUUAUUUUUAUCAUUACAGUUAGUACUUUACUACAUUAAUACACACAAGUCUCACUGGACUAUGUGCCCUAUUCGUGUUAAGUAUUAUGCAAAACCAUAUGUGCAAUUACUCUCUCUGAAGAUGUGAAAUGCAGUUAAACGGUUUCAGGACCAUUUGCAGAUAUUUUUUCCGGGGGGGGGGGCAGGAUGAGUAUUUUUUUAUUGAAAGCGAGAGAACGAAGCGACCAAACCGUAUUCGUAGGACGCUUUUGCAGUUUGUGGUAAAGUUUGUGAAAAUUUUCGGUCAAAAAUUUCUGGUGGGCAACUGCCCCAUCCCCGCUGCGUGUACUGCCAUGUAUAGUUUGGAUAUUUACCUAAGGACAGGUUGUAUACUAGUCCACGUCCUGGACGAUUUUUAUUGAUUGGGCAAACCAAAGCCAAGGGGCAAACCCUAUCGGACCGUAUCGACACCCCCGCGCGCACACAUAACCAAUACACACACGCCCUCCACUGAUUCACUUACUCCCAGUGAUUCGCCUAACCCAGUGAUUCUGAUUCACUUCGGGUGACUAUUCAGUGGGUGUGUGUAUGCAAGGAGAUAGUUAGAGCAAGGAGCUUCCAACACAGCUCCUUGGUUAGAGUGAUAUCUCCUUGGUGUAUGCGUGUUCUGGGGAUGUAGUGUAUUAUGUGUUUGGUAGUCGUAUCGUACCAAAUAACAACAGUCCAGGAGGUGGACUAGUUGUAUACAUGCAAGCCCAGUUUUUGCGUCGGUUUUCUGUAACAAUUAACGUCUUUUGGUCUGACGCAGAGGGGGCUUCAAUAUAUUUAAACAAAAAAUCCCAAGAAUUUACAAGAGAUGGAAAAUAUAUUAAAACAAAUGAAAGGUAUUUCUUUCUUUUCCUACAUACAAGUGAGCAUUCUGAAAUUAAUUCACUCACACUACGUGAAUAGUGUCCUGGAUUUGUCAUGCGAUUCAUGAAGAACGAAAAGAGUGUGGAUCCCUGUAUUGCAGAGAAGGGAGUAAUCACAUGUAAUUUUGUUCAUGUGCAAAUGAACUGAAAUAUAUUGCUGUUCAAUAUUUAUGUCCGGAGCAGCUUUAUCGUCGCUUCCAUUUUAUCAUGUUAGGCUACCACUUACCACCAUUAUCAUCACAAAAUUUGCUAUAAAACGAAAACCACCACCAUCAACAACAAUGCAACCAAUAAUAUACUACCUUCUCAACCAGCUAUCACCACAUACAUGCACGACAAAACCAUUGUCACAACCAUUAUGUACCACCAAAAAGGCACCAAUCCAAGUAUACCACCACCACCAAAACCACCAUCAGUAUUACCACUACUACCACCAUCAUUACAGCGAACAACACCAUCACAAUCAAAGCCAUAAAAAACACACCACCACUGAUACCACCAAUAACAACAACACGUUUGUCUCUUGUUCUAUUCACAAGGUCCAAACAAGAAUGUGUAAAACUUCAAAAGUUAUUUUAUUAAAAAAAUGAAAGAAUUGUAUGCUUUUAUCUAAUUGGUAUAUACUUGAAUAUCAGUGUAACAUAACAUUCAUGCAAAAAAUGGCUAGAAUUGUGACGAGUAUAUUUCGAAAUACUGUUUUCACCAGCAGUCGAUUGACUGCAUUUAUAGCUUACAACUAUGUAAUUGUAUACUUAUCAAAACAAUGUGUUUUAAAACGAAAAUAAUUUUAUGGCCUACAUUAUGAACAUAUAAUUAUGCACUGUACUAUAAAUUGUGUAUAAAUAGCGGUAUGGCAUUAAAUUAAAAUGCUUGGACGGUGUGCAGUGUUAUUAACCCCCUUUACUUAAGAAUAUUCUUUAAAGUCAUUAGUUAAUACAGCUUUUGUUUUCAUACUAAGUUAAUUGCAGCACAAUGAUAUCAAUAAUGAACACGACAACGGAUUUAAUACAUUAUAUUUUUCCCAGUUAUUUUUAUCACUUUUUUAGAAUCUAUUAAAAUCCCAACUGAAAACACGAA